AUGAUGUUCUUCUCAACUAUCCUUGAAGCCCUCAGCCAACAUGCCUUGGAAACUCCCGACAAGGUUGUCCUGACUUGGGUCGACAUCAAGUGUGAAGAGCAAAACAAGAUGACAUUCAAACAACUGGAGGAUCAAUCCAAUGCUGUUGCUGCUCGUCUCCUCAAACUGGGAUGCAAAAAGGGAGACCGCGUCAUGGUGGCAUACCCCUUCGGCCUCGAGUUCUUGGCUGGCAUGUUUGGAGCCAUGAAGAUUGGAGUCAUCCCCUGUUCCAUCUAUCCGCCCAAUCCCAACCAGCUCAAGACUGAUAUGCCAAAGUUCCGUGGAUUUGCCAAGGAUGCCGGAGCCAAGUAUGCUCUCUCUACUAACAUGUUUGCUACUGCCAUGACUGCAGCUAGUGUCCUCUACAAGACUGGAGUGAAGUGGAUUGGAACUGAUAAUCUACCAAUCAAGAAGAGCAAUGCCAACACGCCCAAGGGUUAUGAGACCUACAAUGGGGAGCCUGAGGAGGUGUGUUUUAUUCAAUACACAUCAGGCAGCACUGGACGACCCAAAGGAGUCAUGAUCAGCCAUGGAAAUCUAGCAGAAAAUUGCAGGGCUAUUGGGAGCAUGUCGAAUGUGGAUUCUUCUACUGUGGCAGCCCUGUGGGUUCCACAAUACCAUGACAUGGGCCUUGUGGCUGGUUUUAUGUCUUCCCUCUACGCUGGUAUCCAUCUUGUCAUGGCAUCACCUCUGGAUUUUGUGGUCCAUCCACUGCUUUGGACAGACAUGGUGGAGAAAUACCAGGCAAACCUUACCUGUGCCCCAAACUUUGCCUAUGCUUUGCUCCUCAAACGCUUAGAGCAGGCCAAUCGGAAAGCUGACUGGAGUUGUGUAAAGCGUGCCAUGUUUGGGGGGGAACCUGCCCAGGGCCAUGUUGUGGAAGCAGCAGGAAAGGCCCUCUCCAUUAAUCCUGAGCAUGUAUACAACAUCUAUGGACUUGCUGAGUCCGUGGUGUUUCUUACUGGUGGCUCUGCGUACCCUGACUCAGAGGGGCUUGUCUGCUGUGGAGAAGUAGAUUCCCCGACCCUCAAGCUCCGGAUUGUCCAGGAUGGAAAAGAGGUUGAGGAUGGACAGGUUGGGAGUAUCUGGGCCCAGUCACCCCGUGUGGCUGCUGGAUACUAUGGCCAGUCUGAGCUAACCACGGCUACCUUUGCAAAUGUAUUACCAGCCUAUGAUGGAAGCUGGCUUGAUACUGGUGACUUGGGCAAGGUUGUUGAUGGGCAGCUCUACGUAACUGGGAGAGUCAAGGAUGUCAUUAUCAUCAAUGGCAAGAACUACUAUCCAACUGAUGUGGAGCUCUCUAUUGAUGAUAUCUUUGGGGAUGUUAUGCGUCCAGGUAGGACCACUGCCUUCCAGCUUGGAGAAGACAGUGUUGGUAUCACAGUGGAGGGCCGUAAGGACUUUGAUAAAUCAGGAAAUGAAGAUUUGGCUGUUCAGAUAUCCAAUCACGUAUCUCAGGUUCAUGGGCUUCUUGUCUCCGAUGUUGUUGUUCUGAAGUUGGGUGUAACACCAAAAACCACCUCUGGCAAGCUGAAGAGGAGUGAGAUCCGCCAGACCACUAUUGCUGGUGAUUGGAAGGCAUCUGAUGUUCUCCUAAGAUUCCGACGACAGGCAAAGCCGUCUCCUAUCCAAGCAAAGGCAUUGUCUUUCAAGAGGAGCUCUUUCCUUGGGCACAGCUUUGCAAUGAAUGGGGUUACAAGCAGUGAGUUCUAUUUGUCAGAAGGAACUCAACAUGAAAUCAGGAGAAGAUCAAUGACACUUCCAUUUGGAUCUCUUGAGCUUCCUGAUAUUGACCUUAGCCAAACAAAUGCCCUACCCAGCCAAGCUGUUGAAGCUGUUCAUGCUGUAGAGUGCGAUCCCAGCAAGUUGGAUGAGUAUUUCUUGGAACUUCAUCUUUCUGGGGUCUCUGGCAUGGAUGAAGCUUGGUCCAAAGCCACCAAGACAACAGCUGCAAUGCAAGAAAUGUGCUCCCAAAUCCUGCAGCAUCUUGAGGACAAGCACCCAACCAUCUGCCAACUUGCCAAGACUCUCAGUGAAAAUCCUGACUGGAUUUUAAUUGAUGACAGGACAUGUUUCCUUUCUAAACUUGUGCAUCAAAUCUUUGUGCUUCAAUGGGUGACAACCUUCAUGAUGGAUAACCCGAAGUGCAUGCAACAAAAGUUGCAGAAUGAUGCCGUCUGGGAAAACUCACAUGACACUACUCAGACAGUCCCAACGGAGCUACAAGAGAUGCUGAACCUCCCAGAAAAAGACUCAAUGUAUGGAAAGUGGCCGUUCUUCCUUUGGAUAAAGAACAGGUCAGUUGUUGCAUUGUUGAAGCUAGUCCUCAAGGGUCUGAGUUGUCCUGAAGACCCACCUCUUGAAACACAACUUAAACCAAUCAACAAACUGCUGUGUCUAAAUUUGUUGGAGGCAGUUUGGCUGGAACAGCAUAAUGGACUACAGGAGAAUUCACAAGUUGGAAGGAUGUUGGCAACCUCUCCCAUCAAGGCUGCUUGGACCCAAUCUAUGAUGGCUUUUCUUGAGAAUCAAAGCAGUACUUGGAAUGAUCUCUACGUUGCAUGGAACAUGCACUUUGUUUCCUGGUCUGCAGAUGAGGACUCUUCCACUUGGAUGGCAUCCAAAUUGCUGCUACCCUGUAUCAUUGGAGAUGUCAAUGCAGGUUUCUUUUAUGCAAGGGCAACAAGCUUGUAUCUGGUUGUACAGGCUGCAGGAAGAAAAAUAGAGUCUCCAAGAUUCUACAACAAGCCAAUGCUGUCAAGAAGAGCACUAAAAUAUUUCGGAAGGCUGAACCGCUCCUGUGCAGAAAAGUUUGGGUACACCCAACUGGCACCAGAGAGCAAAAAUCACCUUGCUCUUGAUGCAGAUUACUGGUUGUCCAAGUUUGACCAGUGGGGGUUGGCAAACCAUCCAGCUAAGGCAAGCACUGCAGACGCCAAGCUGCCUGACACUGAAGUUGCUGGAGUUGCAGAUGCUGACGACUUCUCCAUCAGAUAUGCCAAUGUAAUCAUGUCUGUCUUUGGGUCGCAUAUUGACAAAUCGAAGACUUGGGCUGAGAAUGGACUCACAUCCCUCCAGAGUGCUGAGCUUAGAAACAAAGUGGAAGAGGAGCUGCAUGUGGUCCUUCCGGCAAACUUUGAACAGCUCUACCCAACACCGAGUGAGCUAUCAGUCUUCUUGAAAGGAUCAGAGAUUCCAUCCGGCUUCCUUGUUUCCUGGGUAUUGGACACAUGUGGCUCAUCUCAUGAAGGCUGCAAUGGUCCAAUCUCAUGGGUGCUCUUGCCCAUAACUUUCCCUCUAUUCCUACUAUCGCUGUCAGUGAUUGUAGUGCUCUGCAAGUAUGCUGUUGUUGGGAGGUAUCAACCAAGACAAAUUGACCUAUUGUCAUGGGAUUAUCUACAAUGGUGGUUCGUUGAUAGUCUCAUGGAGGUCUGGGAAUCACUCGCGGGCAAGUUCUUCAAAGAAACAAAGUACAUAUGGCUUUUCUACAGGCUCCUUGGAGCAGAUCUUGCAUGGACUGCAAAGAUUGAAUCCUACAUUCGUGAAUUUGAUCUUGUCAGAGUAGAGAGCAGUGCCACUAUUGGGUAUCCCAUCAAGUGCAGGAAAUUCUCUCAAUCAGAACAAUCAAAUCCCAAAAUUACCUUCCGCCCCAUUGUGGUCGGAAAGCAUAGUAAGUUGUCUGGCAUGAUCAGCCCCGGAGUCAAGCUUGGAGAGGGCAGCAAAGUGGAGAAACUAUCUGUUGUUGAAGAGGGGGCAUUGGUGCCGGCUCAUGUCCUUGCCAAAGGCAACCCAGCAUGCAAUGCAGGCUCAUUCAAACAUCAAGAAACACACUCUUUUGACGAAUCUAUGUUGGAUGUCUUCAAGAUAGUUUGGACAAUCUUUGAAGCAUACCAUUUCUUUGCACUGUCAUAUCUCGUCCACAUGACACUUAACCAACUCCUGCCCAGCUGGCGCUAUGAUUCAAUCCUCCAUUGGUUCUUAUUCUUUCCAACCACUUCAUUCCUUGCCAUCUUCACCAGCAUUGCUCUCAAAUGGCUUUUGAUUGGGAAACGUGAUGCAUCAGAUGAAUAUGGAGGUUCACUCUGGAAACAAGCCUCCAAUUGGGCAUGUGACUUCCACUUCCGGAUUGCAGCUUGGACUCUUAUUCCUUUCUUUGGGCAGUCCAAGGUGUGGCACUUCAUCCUUUUCCUCCAUGGCCUUGACGUUGAUAUGAAAUCUACCCUCAGCCACCCAUACACAAUCUUCUUCCCCUCCAAGGUAGAUUUUGUGAAGAUUCGGUGUUCUUUCAUUCCCACCAGCACUCUUGACCUCAGUAAAAAAGCAAACUCCAAGAUUGAAAUCAUCAACAGCAGUAUUGGCUACAAUUCCAACCUUCAUUCAGGAGUCAAGAUUAUCAAAUCCAAAAUCCCACCAAGAUCCAACGUUUCCGAUAGUGUCUACAAUUUGAAUCAUUCAGACAAUUCACAGAAUGUCAGCAGUUUUACCUUGCUUCUUCCAGAAUUAGGACAGCAACUGCUGAAUGUGGUCCUUUUCUCCAGCAUUGUCCCUGCCUAUGAAAUUGGUCUUGCUGCCACAAAAAGCUCCUCCUUGACUGUUUCUGCGUGCGGUUUGACAGUUGCAUUCACACUACAACUCUUUAUUUGGAUUCUCUUGACCCAAGCAGCUGAGAAGGUUUUAUUGAGUCUUCCGCACAAUGGUCAGCAGAUCUUCUUUGGUAUCUACAUCAACCAUGUAAGACAAUUUCGUGCUGGAAAUUGGCUUGUAAUGGUUCUCUAUGGUACACCCAUGUUUGCCUACUUUGCUCGACUCAUGGGGGCUGAGGUGGAUGGUGACCUUUGGUAUUUUGGAAAUUCUCUGUACGAGUAUGGUAACCUCCACUUCCAAGGUUGCUCCAUCGUUGACAGCGCCCAUGUGGCCGGACACUACAUUGAUGGCAAUGGCCUUACCAUUGAUGACACCUAUGUCUCUGGGUUGUUGCAUCCAGGUUGCUAUGCUUCUGCUGGAUCAGUGGUAUCUGCUGCCGAACAUGGUCCAUGGAAGCUCUUCUUUAAAAGAAGUGAUAUGGGUGCCCAGGAAUCUAAAAGUUUGUUGAGAGAUGUGGAGAAUCCUGAGGGACGUACAGACCAUCUGAUUGAAACUCAGCAGGAAGACGAUAUCUAUCAGAUGCCAAUUGCUUUUGAUGUGUAA